CGCAAAAAUGGCGCUUUUUGUUGAAGAUGUUGAUCGAUGAAAAUGUUUUUGAGAUUUGUUUUAUGUGACAGCCUAUAAAUUGUUGAUGUUCAUGAGAAGAAGUAAAAGAAAUAUGUCAGUUUCUCCACAGAGUAAAGGACUGGUUUCUACUCACUUAGGAGGUUUUGAUUGGGACCAGUAUUUGAAAGACUGUGAGGCAGAAGCUGCACCUCAAAGCUGUUUUAAGCAGGUUUCCUUUCAGAAUGUAGAACCAUCUGACAAUGAAUUCAGAGUUAACAUGAAGAUAGAAGCUGUGGACCCUAGGAAUCUGACAUCAAUAUGUGUAGCCACUGUUGUUGGAAUGAUUGGGCCUCGGUUGCGACUUCGGUUGGAUGGUAGUGACAAUAAGAAUGAUUUCUGGAGGAUGGUUGAUUCAUCAGAUUUACAUCCAAUAGGAUACUGUGAGAAACACGAUGGUCUCCUACAACCACCAUUAGGUUUCAGAAUGAAUCCCUCAUCCUGGCCAUCAUUUCUACAGAAAACACUUACUGGAGCAGUUGUAGCACCUGACAGUUGCUUUAAAAAGGAACCAUCUACUCCAAAAAAUAAUGAAUUUAAAAUUGGUCAGAAAUUAGAAGCUGUUGACAGAAAGAAUCCUCAGUUACUCUGUCCUGCUUCUGUUGGUGCUGUAAAUGGUGACCAGAUACAUGUCACAUUUGAUGGAUGGAGGGGUGCGUUCGAUUAUUGGUGUAGAUUUGAUUCCAGAGAUAUAUUUCCUGUGGGAUGGUGUAAUGCAAGUGGUCAUCCUAUACAACCACCAGGACAGAAAGGCUCUAGCAAAUAUAAAGGAAAUAGAGGCGUUAAAGAAUCCACACCAACUCCCUCACUGCCAAGUCAGAGUGGAUCCUCCCCCUCUCCUAGUCCUAAUCAAGAUAAACCCAUGUCUCCAAAAAAGGAACCUGAGUCAUCUGUACAAGUCACGGAACCAGACACAAGUUCUCCUAGUCUUACAACAGUUUGUGUAUUUGUAAAUCACAAUUGUUCCUGUGGAGGUUACUUACAUCCUAGAAAAGUUAGUCAACUUCCAAGUCAGUAUGGACCAGGGGCUAUUGCCAAGGUAAUGAGGGAAGUUGCUCAGGCCUGUAUAGAUUGUGCCUUGCAGGAAAAACAGGUUUACAAUAUGAUGCGAGAGGGAAGUGGAAAAGUUAUUGUCACAGCAAAUCAAGGGAACAAAACACAUACAAAACGACUGCCUCCUGUAGAGAGGUUAUCCACAUUAUGGAGGUUUAUAGAGAGGAUGCUGGAAGAAUUAGGGUGCUGUGAAAACUUAUUUACUAGUCAACCAUUGCAUGGUAGCUGUCCAAAGUGUAGUCGUAGUGGAAAUCCUAGAUCUGUGUUCAACUUUACAGAAGAAGAAUUAGAGAAUAGAACAGCAAUAAACAAAGCAUUGAAACGGCGAUGGUCAACAGAAUCGACAGAUAGUAUGAAAAUAAAAAAGGCUGAACAGAAAAUACGCAGAUUCUCAGCAUUUGAAGCUGAAGCAAGUUCAACAACAUCAGAUACUAAGCCAACAAUUCCACAGAAACUUCCUUCAGAUCCUACGAUGUGGACCAUAGACGAAGUAAUACAACAUAUUACUGAAACAGACCCGGCCCUCAAUACGCAUUCAGACCUCUUCAGAAAACAUGAAAUAGAUGGACGUGCAUUUUUGUUAUUGAAUAGUGACAUGAUGAUGAAAUAUCUUGGACUUAAGUUAGGACCAGUGCUAAAACUUUGUAACAUUGUAGAAAAGCUAAAACACAAAAGAUGAUCUGGACCUGGACCUCAUGAUGACAGCUGAAAAAAUUUACUCUUAGUUGUUAAAUACCAAGCAUUCUUCAAAUAAAAUAGAUAAAAGACUGACAGAUGGAGUUAUCUGUCCUUUGGUAUCAGUUUAUAUGAUGUUGAUCAGUCUAAGAAAUCCCCCACAUACAGGUUAAACUUUCAAAACCAGAAUAACUUACUUAGAAAUCCUUUGAUAGCAUUCAUUAACAUGAGGGCACGGAUCAAAGUGAAGAUAACAUUGUGGUAACAGUUCAAGGAUAAAGUUUAUUCUAAGAAAAGCCUAGUGGACAUUUGUUUACCCGUUUUAGGCAGGGUCCUUUACUGUUAAUUCAAUGUUCAGAUCAAGUAACAGUGAAUGGAUAAUCUCACAGAAUACCUUGUGAUUUUGUAUAAAGGUAAAGGUCAAAGAACAUUGAAUUGAUGAUGAUUAUAAUAUGGAUUUUAAUCAGAUUUUGUAUAUAAUUUGGGCAUACUAAACUUCAACAGAAAAUGAAAAAACCCAAUAUGAAAUGUAGGGUAUAUAUUUCAAUAACACGAUCCCAACAUGUGUUUUAAAAGCAGUUGAUUAUACAAUAUGUGAAGCCUUAAUUUAAACAAUAUUUAUUCAGAUAAAUCUUCACAUAAAUUUAAUACACUUGAAAUGAAUAUCUAUUAUUCAGAAACAUGCAAAAUUCCUUUUACAAAUCUGUCUCCAAGUUAAUUUUUUUAAAGCUCAAGCUUAAAUCGCCUUCUCUUAUUUACCUAAGGCAUUUCUAAAAUAUGAGUGAAUAUAAAUUCACUUAUUUAUUUCUGACUUUCAAGAAUUCUUUUAUAAUAUUCAUCACUGAUUUUACAGUCACUAUAAAACAGGCACCAUUUUUAUUCAUUUUAAGUUGACCAUGUCCAAAUCAUUGGAAUAAUUUUGCAAAGUUAGUGACAACUGCUUUGUUAGUUCUUUUCCAUAAAUGUGUUAAAUGUUAUAGCAAAAGGUUUACCAAUAGUUGACAAAUAGAAAGGACCAGUUCUUGUGCCUAAGGUUGGGUAAUGUGGAUUUAAAGUACCAAUAGUAUAUUCUGUAUAUUAAUUUUACUUGAUGUCAAGUCACAUCAUUUAAAUAUUUUUUAUUAAUGAAUAUUGAAAUGCACUUUGAUCUGCUAGAUAAUAAAACUAUCCAUCGUUUACUUAAUCAUUAAAUUGUAUUAUACUAUAUGUUCAUUAGUUUUCGUGGGUACAAAUUUUCGCGGAUUGAGGAAAACUUUACAUUUUCAAGGAUAUUUGAUUUUGUGGUUUUACCAAAGGUUGCAUACAAGCUUAAGCCUUUAGACAAUUUGUAAAUUGUUAAACAUUUAAAUUCGUGGUUAGCCUGUACAAAGGAAAUCCACAAAAUUUUGUAUCCCAUAAAUUAUAAUGAAUUCACAGUAAAUGUGUAUGUUUUUGUUAAUAAGGACUUGAUUCAUUGUUACUGUUUAAAUGUUAUGAACAGUUGUCACGGUGAUGAUUAAUGUCUCUGCAAUGUUACGGUAUGUAUAUUUUUUAACAACAUCUGUUUAAUACUUGCAGGCAAGUUCUAUUUACAUGAUGAUUUAAACACUUUUGUGAACUUGAUUGCAAUUUUUAUUUCAUCUAAGAUGAAAGUACUACAGCAAAAGUAGUUAUAUAUUCCAUUGGUGCUAAUAUAAUAUUUCUUGUUUUAUUAUAAAAAAUAUUGCCUUUUGCAGGUUCUUUCAUGGACGUAAAAUAUUAAGGAUGAAAAAAUAAAUCUACUGUGGUUUAGAUAAUUCUAAAAUUCUUCAAUAACAAAGGUGAAAAUUUGACAAUGGUGAUAUUACUGUGACUUGACUGUAAAAGUGUUGCUCUCCACCUAUUGCAGUUUAUUCAAAAUUCUGACCAAAUUAUUUGUUUUAUCAAACCAAACUGUUCAACUGGUCAGAAAUUAAAACAAACUGCUGUAGAAAACUACAG